UUUAUAUAUAGUCAUUAGAUAAAAAAAAAAAAUAUAAAAAUGUCAUUUAUAAUUUUUUAUUGUAAAUUUAAUAAUUAAAAUUCUAAAAUUGUAUUAGUUGUAAAAAAUAUAGGAAUGGAGUAGAGAGAAAUGGAGUUAUACUUUUAAUUACAAUGAUUAAAUUUAUCUGAUUUAUUAUUGUUAAAAAAUAAUUAAAGAUUUAAUCAUAAGUAAUGUAAUUUUUGUAAUUAAAAAUAAUUAACUGAGAAAGUUUCUUAUUAUAUGGAAUCCGUCCGAUGCGCGCUUGUAUUAUUUUAAAUCUCACAUAUGUAUGUACACCCACACACACAUAUAUGUAUAAAUAUAUGUAUAUAUUAAACUGUAUUGAAUCAAAUAUUUUUUUUUUGGUCUCCUACGAAAAUUACGUUGUAUAAAACAUAAAAAAAAAUUGGCACUAAUUUGAAUCCUCUAACUCAAUUACAAAACGCGCGCUUACUUUGAAAAUUCCUAUUUAAAUUACUUGGGAAAAAUUUUUUUUAGUUUGAAAUUUUAUAAAUCGUUCAAGGAUCGAUUAAUGGAAACGACCAUAACUUUUUUUGUAGAGAAUUGAAACUACAAAAAGGGUUUCUUUUAAUUUUUUCAUAAAUCUAUUAUUCAAAAGUUACCGCGGGAAAAUAAAAAAAAAACGAGUAAUCUACCAAAUUUUAAUUAAAGCUUCAAUAACUUUUGAACGAUUAGAUUUCUCAAAAAAUUAUAAGAGAUCUUUUUUGUACAGCAUUCAAUUCUCUACAAAAAAAAAUGCAGUGAUCAUUUCAAUCUAUUGAUCCGUUAUCGAUGUAUAAAAUUUUCAAUUUAAAAAAAAUUUUUUCCAUGUAAUUAAAAUUUGAAAUCUGAUUUUAGCGAGCGCGCGUUUUGUAAUUGAGUUCGACGACUCAAAUUGGUGCCCAAAAAGCGAAUUUAUUCAACACUGUCAUAUAUCUAUACAUAUAUAUGUAUAUAAUAAACAAGCAUGAAGUUCGCGGCGGGAGAUAUUUUGCUUGGUCAGCCAGUCAGGUCCCGACCUUUAAACAAGAUCAAGAGUACCCACAUUAUCUUAAUCUCUGUACACAGUGAAUAUAUAUUAAAUUAUUAUUGAAAAUAUAUUUGAAUACUGCAACGAAUAUGUAUAAUUUAAAAGCAAAUAUUGUAUUUAUAUUUUUUCUAAUAAACUCUCAUCAAUAUUUACUAUCAGCAGUUACUUUAAAAAAAAAUCCUACACCAGUAGUUCUAUGGCAUGGAAUGGGUGACAGCUGCUGUUUUUCCUUCAGUCUGGGGCAGAUUAAAAAAAUAAUUGAAGAAGAAAUACCAGAUGUUUAUGUCAAGUCCAUCAGGAUUGGAAAUAAUGUCAUAGAGGAUGUGGAGAAUAGUUAUUUUAAAAAUGUUAAUGAACAAAUAGAAGAAGUUUGCGAAGACUUAGCGAACGAUAACAAUUUGAAAGACGGGUUCAAUGCCAUUGGGUUUUCCCAGGGUGGUCAAUUUUUGCGCGGCGUUGCUGAAAGAUGUCCUGUUCCUGGUAUGAAAAAUCUUAUUUCGUUGGGCGGUCAGCAUCAGGGCGUUUACGGGCUUCCAAAUUGCGGCUCUUUGGAGCACAAAGUCUGUGAUUACUUGAGACGAAUCUUAAAUCACGGCGCUUACUUGUCCUUUAUACAAAAUCGAUUUGUUCAGGCCGAGUACUGGCACGAUCCGCUUAAAGAAGACGAGUACAAGAAGAAUAGCGUUUUCUUAGCGGAUAUUAACAAUGAGCUUGUUGUCAAUGAGACUUAUAAAGAAAAUCUCCAACGUCUAGAGACCUUGGUACUUGUUAAGUUUGAGAAUGACACAAUGGUACAGCCACGUGAGACCGAGUGGUUUGGAUUUUACAAGCCUGGGCAAUCAACUGAAUUGCAGACACUUCAGGAGUCUGAUCUUUAUGUCCAAGAUCGUUUGGGAUUGAAGGAAAUGGACGAAGCUGGAAAAAUUCAUUUUCUGUCAAUACCAGCAAAUCAUCUGCAAUUUGAUGAAGACUGGUUCAAAGAACAGAUCAUUCAUAAAUAUCUCGUUUGAAUAAUUAUUUUAAUCAGUUCAAUUAUUUAUAAAUUUUUUACUCGAAUUAAAUAAAUAAAGACAUUUAAAUACGAAACAACACAACGAAUCUACUUUAUUUCCGCUCGCAAG